UGGCUAAAUCUGGCAUAUUCGCUCCUACUCCGCCACUCGUUAAACAUUAUAAAAUUAAAUAAAUACCUCUGCUGGUUACUCAUUCCAUUACUCCUGCAAUUCAACUCCAAAGGAGAAAUCUAAAAAAAAAAGUAUUUAGUUUCGACGGUUAUGGCUCCUCAGGGAGAGGGAUCAGACGCUGCAGGGGAAGCCAUGGUUCUUGAAGUAGAACAGCAACGCCCUAUCUCCACUGUUCUCAUCAUUAUUGCUAUGCAAACGGAAGCUAUGCCUCUUGUUAACAAGUUCCAGCUCCAAGAGGAACCUCACUCUGCGUUUCCAGAAGGGGUUCCCUGGGUACGGUAUCAUGGUAUUUACAAAGAUCUCCAUAUCAAUAUAGUUUGGCCGGGAAAAGAUUCAACUUUGGGGGUUGAUAGUGUAGGCACAAUUUCUGCAUCUCUUGUGACGUAUGCUUCUAUCCAAGCAUUACAGCCUGACUUAAUCAUCAAUGCAGGCACUUCUGGUGGCUUUAAAGCAAAAGGAGCAAGCAUUGGUGAUGUCUACCUUGUAUCCGAUGUUGCUUUCCAUGACAGAAGAAUUCCCAUCCCUGUUUUUGAUCUGUAUGGCGUCGGUUUGCGGCAAGCCUGCUCAACACCUAAUCUGCUAAAGGAGCUUAACCUAAAGGUUGGGAAAUUGUCUACUGGAGACUCUCUGGACAUGUCUGCACAGGAUGAAGCAUCAAUUAUUGCAAAUGACGCUGUAGUUAAAGAUAUGGAGGGAGCAGCAGUUGCAUUUGUUGCUGAUCUUUUUAAAGUCCCUGCAAUAUUUGUCAAAGCAGUGACUGACAUAGUGGACGGUGACAAGCCAACUGCGGAGGAAUUUCUGCAGAAUUUGGCUGCAGUGACCGCUGCACUUGACCAGGCAGUCACCCAAGUGGUUGAUUAUAUCAAUGGAAAGUGUGUCUUUGAACUUUGAAAUGACUUGACCCUCACUUCAUGACUAAUCUGAAGAUUUUAUCUGAGCAAGGAUCACGAGUCAAUUGCUCUACAAGAUGCCAGAUUCCGUUGUGAGAUAUAUGAAUUUUAGGAUAAAACCGCUAUUAGUUCAUAGUUGGAGUAGGAAUAUUAUGAGCUGAGUAGCCUAAAAGGUGAAUGUGAUAAUUAUUCAUUUUAGCCAACAGUUUCUAAAUAUGUAUUACAGUGGUUUAAGAAAUAUAUGGGUUUAUCUUAAAAAUUUGUGUGAUUAAAA